ACAGUAUGCAUAUGGACAAUGAUCAUAUCCCAUUCAUUUUCAGUUGCAUGUGGCGAUUGCAACACAAGUCUUUCUUUCUAAUUUUCUGCAUAUUUCUGCUCUAGACUCUGCGUAUAUUCUACUUAUCCUUAAAGACUGCAUUUUACAUUUGACAAAGAAAGAGAGGGCCAUGGCACGUGGACAGCAAAAGAUUCAGUCCCAGCAGAAGAGGGCAAAGGAGAUUGAAAAGAAAAAGAAAGCUGCCGCUGGAAUGGACUCCAAAGCGGCCGGUCAGAAGGCCCUGACAUUUAAGUGCAUAGUUUGCAUGACCCAGAUGCCUGACCCAAAGACAUACAAGCAGCAUUUUGAGAACAAGCACCCAAAGGCUACUCUUCCACCCGAACUCAAAUAGGAAACCUCCACAACCAAGGAAAUGAACUGAUCUUUGAGCAAGAUGGAAUCUGUGAUUAUUCACUGCAUGCUAACAUUGUAGAAGAGAAAGAAGAAUGCAUUCUUCUAUGACACUUAAGAGAGUGACAGAAAGA